AGGUGUUUGUUUUGUCUUGCUGUUUUAAAAUUACAUCAAAAUGCCAAUAAGACCAGAUCUCCAGCAGUUGGAAAAAUGCAUUGAUGAUGCUUUAAGAAAAAAUGAUUUCAAACCUUUAAAAACACUUUUACAAAUUGGUGUUUGUGAAGAUGUAAAGAUUAAAUGCAGCAAGCAAUUUUUACACAAGUUGGAUGACCUUGUAUGCAGGGAGCUUAAUAAAAAGGACAUCCAAACUGUUUCAACCAUUUUUGUUUCUUUUGGAAGAUGUAGUAACAAUAUCAGUAUAUUGGGGCAAGCCGGACUUUUAACUAUGAUAAAACAAGGACUAGUCCAGAAGAUGGUUGCCUGGUUUGAAAAAUCCAAGGAGAUUAUUCUCAGUCGAGGAAAUUCAAAAGAUGAGGCAGCUAUAAAUAUGAUAGAAGACUUACUUGAUCUUUUGAUGGUCAUACAUGACACCAAUGAUGAAGGUAAAAGGCAAGUAGCGGAAAAUUUUAUACCUCAAAUCUGUGUCCUGGUUAUUGACUCAAGAGUGAAUAUUUGUAUUCAGCAAGAGGCCCUAAAAAAAAUGAAUGUUAUGCUUGACAAAAUGCCUCAAGACGCCAGAACAAUACUCUCUGACCAAGAAAUGUUUAUUCUCAUGAGUAGUAUGGGAGAAAGGAUUUUAGAUGCUGGAGAUUAUGAUUUACAAGUAGGUAUCGUAGAAGCACUAUGUAGAAUGACUUCAGAAAAACAAAGACAGGAACUUUCAUGUCAGUGGUUUUCAAUGGAUUUUAUUGCUAAUGCAUUUAAAGGAAUUAAAGACUCUGAAUUUGAAACAGAUUGCAGAGUAUUUCUCAACCUUGUAAAUGGCAUGCUUGGAGACAAGAGAAGGGUCUUUACAUUUCCUUGUUUAUCAGCAUUUCUUGAUAAACAUGAGUUGAAAAUACCUUCAGAUGAAAAACUUGAGGAAUUUUGGAUAGAUUUUAAUCUUGGGAGCCAGGCUCUAUCAUUCUACGUUGCUGGAGAUAAUGACGAUCAUCAAUGGGAAGCAGUGACUGUGCCUGAGGAAAGAGUACAGAUAUACAGCAUUGAAGUGAGAGAAUCGAAGAAGCUACUGACCAUAAUCUUGAAAAAUACAGUAAAAAUUAGUAAAAGAGAAGGGAAAGAAUUGCUUCUGUAUUUUGAUGCAUCAUUGGAAAUUGCUAGUGUGACACAAAAAAUUUGGGGUGCAAAUAAAUACAGGGAAUUUAACAGAAAACAAGGUAUUUCCGUUGCCAAAACAUCUGUGCAUAUAAUUUUUGAUGCAAGUGGAUCACAGAUUCUGGUGCCAGAAAGUCAAAUCUCACCCAUGGAAGAGGAAAUCAUUAGUUUGAAGGAAAAACCUAACUCCCAAAAGGAAUUCGCUAAACCUCCAAAAUGUAUCAAAAACAGCAAUCAAGGGGACAGAAAGAAUAGUCAGCUUGGGAUAAUUACUCCUAGCAAAAGAAAAAUGUCUGAAGCAUCAAUGAUUAUUCCUGGUGCAGAUAGAUACACUGUGAGAAGCCCAAUACUUUUAAUCAACACAUCAACACCACGAAGAGGAAGAGUUAAACCACCGCUGCACAUGAUGAGUUCUGCGGAAAAACCUGAUAUUCCUAAAACAUCCGAAAGCGGGGUGGAUAAUGCUGAAUCACUUACAUCCAGACCAUCUGAAGAAAGAAAGAGCAGAGAUAAUACAGACAAACAUAUCAAAACUGCUAAAGCUGUAGAGAAGACGGAAAACAAGGACACUGAAUUCCUAAACCAAAAUUUUAAUAAACUGCAGGAUGCUGUUCCUGAUUCACAGACAGUGGGAAAAAAAGAUAAACCUGUGUUAUCUGGUGUGUUGGACAACGUCUGUGGAAAUAAAAUGAACUCCAAAUGGUCAUGUUGGACCCCUGUAGCAAGUAUUAAUCUAUGUAACAACAAAAGAGCAAGUACUUCAUCGGGAGAUACAUUCAAUCAAGGUAUUGUCAAAAAACUUACUAAACAGAAAUCAUCCUCUUCAACAUCUGGUGAUAAUUGUGAAGACACAGAAAAGGUGCCGCAUAAGAAAAAAACAACGCAGCAUAGCGAAAUAGAUAAAGUGGAAGUAGGAGUUUGCAAAAGAGACAGUCAGCAACAACUAAAUCAUCCUAAACAUUCAGAGCUGAAAAACACUGAAAAUACCAAGCAGAGAGAUUGGCGUAUUGAAUCUGAAACUACUUUCAAAUCCGUUCUCUUAAAUAAGACCGUUGAGGAGUCUCUGAUCUAUAGGAAGAAGUACAUCUUGUCAAAAGACGUGAAUACCGCUAUUUGUGAUAAAAGCCCUUCUCCUAGAAAAAAUGUGAAAAGUCACAGAAGAUCAGGGAAAGGAUUAACGUCUGAACUUAAUUCCUGGGAUCUGAAACAAAAACAAAUGAGGGAAAAGUCAAAAGAGAAAGGAUUUACCGAUGCAACAGAAUCCUUGAUAAACCAACUCAAUAAGAGAUAUAAACCCAAGGAUGACAUAAAGUCUACAAGAAAAUUCAAAGAGUCUUUGAUUGAUGGUGGUUUUUCAAACAAAUCUGAUCUACAGCUCAGUAAGGAAAAGGUUCAGAAAAAAAGUUAUAGGCAACUGAAGACUACUUUUGUUAAUGUUACUUCUGAAUGCCCACUGAAUGAUGUUUACAAUUUUAACUUGAAUGGCGCUGAUGAGCCUAUUAUAAAACUUGGAAUCCAGGAAUUUCAAGCUGAAGCUACAGAAGCCUGUGUGGAUAAUUCAAUAAAAUUGAUAGGUUUGAGGAAUCAUGAUGAACUUGAAUCUUCUCUCAAAACAAAAGAUAAAAAAAUUGUAGCAAAUCAUAAAAAGAAAAAUCUCUUUAGUGAUACUGACACAGAAUACGGAUGUGAUGACAGCAAGACCGAUGUUAGCUGGCUGAAGGAACCAAAAUCAAAACCACAGCUGAUAGACUAUAGCAGAAAUAAAAAUGUGAAGAAACAGAAAAGUGGCAAAUCAAGACCAUCGUUGGAAAGGGGACAACCAAGAUCUAAAAUGACACCCAACAAAAACACCACCAAAAAGGUAGAGGAGACCGUUCCAGAUGGGAGAACCAGACUUCCACGAAGAGCGGCAAAAACCAAAAAAAAUUACAAAGAUCUCUCAAAUUCAGAAUCAGAGAGUGAACAAGAAUUUUCACAUUCAUUUAAAGAGAAAUUGCUAGAAAAGGAGGAAAAUAUCCAUUCCAGAAGCAAAACCAUAAAGCUGCCAAAGAAACAGAAGAAAGCCUUCUCUGCCGAAUCACAGAAGGAUAUAUCAAAAGAAUGGAAAAAUUCAUCUCUACUAAAAGAUGCUGAAAGAGAUAAUAGCCUUGGUUUAUCUCCUGUAUCUUUAUCUGGGAGCCCAUCAUCUAUAGAAGUCAUGAGAUGUAUAGAGAAAAUAACCGAGAAGGAUUUUACUCAGGAUUAUGACUGUAUAACAAAAUCCAUAUCACCUUAUCUGAAAACUUCAUCACCUGAAUCUUUAAACAGUAAAUAUAGAGUCGGAGGUCCAAUAAAGUCACCUAAAAACAGUGACAAAAAUGUAUGUGCACGAGAACGUUGCUCACCAAUUCCACGAUCCUUCUUGUUGGGAAAUCAUUCCGCAUCUCCACUAUCUAUGUCUAGUGAAGGAAGAGAGCAAAUACGGUGCGACAUUCCUUGUGACUCUACUCAUGUAUCAGGCCCCACACGGCAUUUUAGUCGCAAACGAAUGUACAUAGAAGAAGAUAAUCUAAGUGAUGCUGAUGUAGUAGAAGAGGAGGAGGAAGGGAGAGUAUACUUGCUUCCCAAAAAACUAUCCAGAACUGAAGACACAGAUAAUCAUACUUAUAAAGUAUCUGAAAGUAUAUCUCCGUUAUCAACAAAUGACUUGUCUCUUCCUGCGGAGAGCUGGGAAAGUGAAAUUUCAGGUGUGGGGAUGAUGUGUGAGAAGCUCAAUACAGAAUUUAGGAGGAAAUUUCACAUCCGCCAAAAAAUGAUGGAUUAUUUUGCAAAGCAGUCUUGGAAAACAGCUCAACAACAUCUGACCAACAUGAACCAUCAGAUUCAGGAGUACAGGAUCAAAAAACUCGAUAAAUUCCAAUUCAUCAUCAUAGAGGAGCUGGAGAAUUUUGAAAAAGAUUCACAGUCUUUAAAAGAUUUGGAGAAGGAAUUUGUGGAAUUGGGAGAGAAGAUAUUUCAGAAGUACAGUGCCUAUCAAAAAAGUGAGCUGCAGAGGCUUCACCACUUGAAAGCGUCACUGGACAAAAAUGUCUUCUACAACACUGAUUACGAAGACGCUAUUUUUACAUCUGAGAUGUGCUCGAUGAAGGAGGACAUGAAGGUGCUGCAGGAACAGCUUCUGAAGGACACGCAAGAAGAGGAGCUUCUCAACGUACGCAGAGGACUGAUGUCAUUAUUCAUGGCUCAUGAAAGAAACGUUCGUGUGUGAUGUCUGGGUGUUAGCGAUUAGUUGUAGCCACUUACCCCUUUUUGUGUAUACCAGGAAAUCCCACGGUAGCUCUACCGAGAGAAAAACAGACGUCACCCAGGCAAGAGUACUUUUGUAGGAGCCUCCAAAUCCAAAGAAAUUGUUGUCUUAUGGAUGAGAAAGAACCACUAUAACAUGACUCCAGCCUCAAAAGACCUUUGUAUAGUACUGUUCUUUUUUUAGGGAAAAAUUUUGGGAAAACCAAAUAGUGAAAGGAAUUUUGCUUGUUUCUGUAGGACUAUUUAUGUUGGACAAAUCUUACUGAGUUAACUAUACUCACAAAACUAGUUUCUUUAAUAAACUAAAACUUACCAUA